AUGGCGUCCGAUCGAGAAUCGACCAGGGUCCACAGAGGUGGUUUUACCAGCGAUGUCUUGGAAGCCCACAACAAAUAUCGUAAAAUACACGAUGCUGAACCAUUGGAGUUGAACAAAGAGUUGAGUACYGCAGCUAAAGAGUGGGCUGUAGAACUUUCAAAGAAGGGCAAAUUGACGUCAUCUCCCGACAGAAAAUACGGAGAGAACAACCUUUAUGACUGCACUAACAGGUCGCUGACUGGAAAAUCAGUUGUAAAAACAUUUUAUCAGGAAGUUUCUGAUUAUGACUACUUCAAAAACCCAGGAUUGAGUUCAUCCACUGGCCAUUUUACCCAAUUGGUUUGGAAAGAGACCAAGGAACUUGGUGUUGGAAAAGUUAAUGCUCAACUGAAAGGGGAAAAUUGUACGUUUUCAGUGUUCUUUUACAAUCCGCCAGGAAAUAUUAUCGGAAAAUACGCUGAAAAUGUAAAGAAGGGUAAAUUUCAAAAUGGACCACUGCUUCCAUUUUUCACUUUCUUCAGUUGUGUUUUUCAUAUCAAGGAAAUGAUUCUURUGGUUUUUGUCCUUGGAAGCGUAUUGUUCCCGCAUUUAGUUGCAGGUGGUUUUACCAGCGAUGCCCUGGAAGCCCACAACAAAUAUCGUAAAAUACACGAUUCUGAACCAUUGCAGCUGAACAAAGAGUUGAGUACUGCAGCUAAAAAGUGGGCUKGUGAACUUGCAAAGAAGGGCAAAUUGACGUCAUCUCCCGACAGAAAAUAYGGAGAGAACAACCUUUAUGACUGCACUAACAGGAAGCUGACUGGACAGUCAGUUGUGAAAGCAUUUUAUCAGGAAGUUUCUGAUCACGACUACUUCAAAAACCCAGGAUUGAGUUCAUCCACUGGCCAUUUUACCCAACUGGUUUGGAAAGAGACCAAGGAACUUGGUGUUGGAAAAGUAGAUACUAAACUGAAAGGGGAAAACUGUACCUUCGUGGUGUUCUUUUACAAUCCGCCAGGAAAUACUAUGGGAAAAUACCAGGAAAAUGUAAAGAAGGGUAAAUUUCAAAAUGGACCGCUGCUUCCAUAAAUCGGUUUAGUAAGUUCCUUGCAUGUUAUACUAGAUUAAAAACACGAUAGGCGAUGCAGUCAUCAAACUAUUUAAUGAAAGCUAAAACCCAAAAUGCGUUUUCGUGAGCGAGUUCUCCACAGAACAUGAAAAUUUAAACACAAAAAGAGAGUUUAUGGAUAAUCGAAUAAACGGACUUAAA